UCUUAGAGAUUUGAGGGUCUUAAACAUCGAAAUCGACCAAUUUAGAUCAGAGCCAUGCUAAAAGGUUUGCUUUUGAUUUCUUUUCUUCUUGUUGCAAGAAUUGAUGUUUCCAGCGAGUUUCUGGUAUAUCCUGGAGAUGCUUCAGAAAUACUGGCAGAAAUUGGACAAUUAAAGGAAGCUGUUUCCACAUUGACCAAUCAGGUCAAAUCUUCGUGUGGAUGUGCGUCCACCCUGGCGCCGCGUUGCCCGGAUGGCUGGACUAUGUUCGAUAAAUCCUGUUACUAUUUUGGCGUUGUUCCGAAGACCUGGCAAGACGCCGAGGUCGCCUGCGAGAGACUGAGCGGACAUCUUGCAGCGGUUCACUCCGCUGAAGAGGAGAAAUUCAUCCUGGAUUACGUCAAACGUGAGAGGAAUGAUCUCGUGGAUUUGUCGCAUGGUUACACUUGGAUUGGUGGCCACGAUUUCUUGGUAGAAAGCAAGUGGAUGUGGAUCACCGACGAAUAUUUCAAUUAUACAAACUGGAGAGCGGGAAACCCGAACAAUGGCAAUGGCGGAAACGAGGACUGCCUCGACAUCAGUGGUGACGGUUGGAACGAUAACGUCUGCUCCAGUAGACUGAACUACGUCUGCGAGCGGAAAACGUUCUAUUGACGUAGUACAUAUAAACCUUUUAAUGGUCCAAAUAGCACUUGAAUUUAUUGACUAUUGAAGGAGAUUGUAUUAUUGAUACAUAAAAUAUGAAAGUUGUUCAACGUUUUCAUGGACUUUUGAUGAAAAUGAGUUACAGUGUAGGGGUCAUUAAAGAGACGUUUGUUUGCUAUUUUAGGCAUCAACGUCAUUGGAAUAUUUUUACUUUUGUUAAAAUAUGUUUAUUUUAAUGUACAAAACGAUAAAUGUGUUUUUAGAAAUGAC